GGUACAUGUUUUGGUCACGUUGGGGAAAGAAACCCAGAAUUGUCCGUGCCUCCAUGGAUGGCACAGGUCGAAAAAAUGUCAUUACAACUGAUGUCAAAAGGCCAAAAAGUUUAGCAGUUGAUUUCAAGGACCCUAGGUUAUUUUGGCUUGAUGCUUUUAAGGACUAUAGUCGUCUAGAAAGCUCAAAUCUUGAUGGCAAAAAUCGAAAGAAAAUAAUCAGCAGCUCUUUGCGACGCCCUUUUUCAAUUACUCUAUAUGGUGAUCGAGUCUUUUGGACGGACAGGAAGAAAUUGUCUAUUGAAUCAUGCAACAAGAAGACUGGGCUUGAAAAAUGGCUUGUGAAGGAUAAAAUAAAAAAAAUAAUGGAUCUUCAAGCUUUUGAAGCUGAAAGGCAACCAGAUGGUAUGUAAUUGUUGAACAAUUAAGAGCAAUCUUAAUAUAAAAUAUGCGUUAUUAUUAAAUUAAGCCACUUCCUAAAUUCGGUCCCAUGCAGUAACAAUCUCGUACACAGAGCCAUCGUUGAGUGGCUGCGCCAUAUAUGGCAUAUUAAUAUAUACUAUUAGUAUAAAUUUUGCAUAUCAAAUGAGCUUUCGCGCGUUCUGAUUGGCUAGUUGACUAGUAAAUCCGAGGCAUUAUUUACCACCUGGGUAGUAAAUAAUGCUUUUAAAAAAGAAUGAUUCGGCAAAUUUGGUUUCAAAAUCGACAAAAUAUUGAAAAAAUCGUUCCCAGAAAACGAAUGAAGCACAAAAUGUUGUUUUAACUUGAAAGAUAUAACUAUAGGAUUCCUUUAUUAUUUUACAGUGUCAAACAUAUUCACGGACAAUUUAGAACUUAUUUAAAACUAAAAUCCUUUUUGUUUUCAAACAAAUAGCAAAAAGUAUCCCGACUGUUCAAUGGGAAAACCUUGCCGAGAUAUUCUUUCAAAUCCAUUUUGUUUUCUAUCCUAUAGAGUCAAUUUGUACGAUACUAUUUCUUUUGAUAUGUCAUGUUUUCAUUGUUCUGUAUGGCGUUAUGACCUCUGUAUUGUGUUUUCAAAUCUUGUAAAGUGCAAAGUGUUAUUAAAACUUUAUUUCGAACGAUAUAAUUUUACAUUUCGAUUUACCAAAUUUCUCAGCCAUUUCCUGAAAAAAAUAUUGCUAAACAGAAACUAUUUUUUAAUUCUAAGUCUGGUGAAAAAGUCAUUCCGUCAUUGUGUUUAUAUUCUAAGCAGAAAUCGAUAAAAACAUGAACUUUGCAAUAAAGCGAUAAAGUCACACAAGAAGCCAUUUUGAAAGCGUGUGCGUACAAGAAACACUGCGACACUAUUAGUGAACAGGCCGAAAACAGUUUUAUUUCUGAAUUUUAAUUGAACUGUUAUUUGGAUUUUUAUUUUAUUAAUUAAAAAUUUAUACUAAAACAAUUAUUCGCCUCAGGCUCAGCGAUUAGAGCGAAUAUUCACCACGACUUCGUCUCGGUGAAUAUUCACCGGUAUCACUUCGCCUUCGGCGAAUAAUUGUUAAUUAGUAUAAUUACAUAGGUUACCGUUGGUUAUCUGAUUGGUUACCGUUGAGGUAUUACUACGCGAUAAUCACCUAAGUGAUUUUCAAAAUGGCGGCCGAAGCCGUUUUGUCAAUUAAAAGACGACGAAAUGUGCAUUUUUAAAUUUUUUUCCAAAUAAUCACCCAUGAAAUUAUACUAAAACAAUUAUUCACCUCAGGCUCGGUGAUUAUCGUGAAUAAAAACCUCGACUUCGUCUCGGUUUUUACUCACCGAUAAUCACCUCGCCUUCGGCGAAUAAUUGUUAAUUAGUAUAAUUACAUAAGUUACCGUUGGUUACCUGAUUGGUUAUCGUUGAGGUGAUUAUUACGCGAUAAUCACCUAAGCGAUUUUCAAAGUGGCGGCCGAAGCCGUUUUGUCAAUUAAAAGACGAAGAAAUGUGCAUUUUAAAAUUUUUUUUCCAAAUAAUCACCCAUGAAAUUAUACUAAAACAAUUAUUCACCUCAGGCUCGGUGAUUAUCGUGAAUAAAAACCUCGACUUCGUCUCGGUUUUUAUUCACCGAUAAUCACAUCGCCUUCGGCGAAUAAUUGUUAAUUAUUUAACAUCGGUAAUUAUACAGGGUGUAUAAAAAAAAGGUAAUCGAACUUCAGCGCGCUAUUAUACGUGAAUCACUCGGCGUAUGAACAAUUGGUUUUCAUAUUUGGAAAGAUCAGGCUUUUAGCUAUUGAAUGACAUGCUUUUCAUACCAGGCCAAUCGAGGCCAAUCAAAAAUGUUAGUCAAAAUCGCAUAUGUUCACCUCUGUGCCUAAUUAAAACAAUGCAUAACAAAAGAAAAAGCAAUUUAAUCACUAACGUGUCGUACCUUAGCUAAGAUUUAUUCCUACUUAAUAAUAAUUAUGAAUAUGUGCGUAGUUUAAUGAAGUGAAAUUCAUCAACUUAAUACCAAAGGGAGUUCAUUUUCAAUGGUUUUAGACCCAACUCUCAACGGUGAAAAUAUGCGAUUCUGACUAACAUUUUUUAUCGGAUUUGUAUUUGCUCAUUUUUUUUAAACGUAAGUCAAUUGUACGUAUAGUCAGUUGUCUUUAUCCUUAGUAACAGUAUGGAAGCAACCGUGCCCCAAAACAGUGUCUCUCAUAAAACAAGAAACAUAACAUCAUUUGAAGCAUGGCGUCAAAAUUUACAAUAUACAUUUAUUUAUCGUUGUGGUAUUAAAAUGGUAAUGGUCUAUUGACACAUUUAGUAGCAGUUACGCUAAUUUACAAUGAACCUACACCCAAUGAACACUCCUUAUCUGUCCAGCUAGACCCUGAUUCUACCCUAUCAAAAAGCAUGCACUCCGAAUUCAGCCGGUUAGUUAAAGCGGCCUAUACCAGGGUCUCUGCUGGAGAGAGCCUGGCUUGCGAGGUUGGGAAGUUACUUCGCUACUCCUGACGAAAGACUGUCACUCCAAACAUUGACAACACUGGCACAGAUCGUUCAAGUUUAAAUUGAAAACGGACAGAUAAUCGUUUUCCAAUCAAUUAUUUUUGUUAACGUACUCGAUAAUUUUGGUUUUGUUAUGCAAGCAAGGGCAUAAAGAACAGUGACUUGAACAGAUCAAUUUGCAUACAACACAAGAAAAAAUUGCUGUCUUUUUGUAGCCAUCAUUUUAAUUUUUCAAAAUUAAUUACUAAAAUGUAUGUACAGUACAACAUACAUUGUAAAAUAAAGUAUUUUGUUUAUAUUAUAGUGAAAAACUCGUGUGCUAUUGAUAAUGGUGGAUGUAGCGACUUGUGUUUUUUGGCAGCUGGUGGUAAUCAUACCUGUGCAUGUCCAACUGGUAUUGUUCUCUUGGAUGAUGGCAAAACCUGUGAAGAUGGUAAGCAAUAAAUUGUACUGUGCUGAGUACAUUCCUUGUGUUACAUUUUGUGCUAUAAGAUAUGACAUGUAAUUAGAGAGAGAUGUUUGUAACACCGCGGAAUAACGUCUACGCAUGCACAUGUACUAGAAAAAAUGGCAAGGAAUUUAAAUGCAAAGUUGUAGUUAAAAACAUGGCUAUUUAACAAACAAAAAAUACACUAGACGUGUAGUUUAGACAUUAAUAAAAAGUUUUCUAACAUUUAAAAUCCAAAAAUUCCGCUUGUCAUGUAUUUUCACAGAAAAGGCAAAGCAUCGAAGUCCCAUUUCGAGUUUUUGACAACCUUUAGACUGCGAACAGUCCCUCCUUAAAAGGAAAGGAGGGACUGAAGACAACACAUUAAGAAACGAAAUACACGUUGCCCACAAAACAAUUAACAAUUAUACCAUGAACUCGAGUCGUAUAUGAGCUGAUAGCCGACGAGGUGCGUAGCACCGAGUCGGCUAUCAGUCAUAUACCGGGUGGCCCAAAAAAAAGUACUCCUGUUUGAUUCGUAAUAACUUCUAAACAAGUAAAGUUUUUAAAGAGAAAUAACUUGCAUUAAAUAGAGGAAGGACUAACUUAGAUUUUGAUAUAUUACAGUUGUAUUUAACUUAAAAAUUCACGGAUAUAUUAAUGUUAAAAAUGGGGAGCAUAUUUUGGAAUGUGUCUAAAAUUAGCGAAAAUCGGCAUAUCAAAUAUUAACUCCAGCGUUUGUUUGCUUAAUGACAUAUUAGGCUAACUUGUAUUUCAGCGAAUUAUCGUUAAGGUUUGUAAGGGAUAUGGCGUAGAUUUAGACAUCUUACAUGUAAGUCUUAGCUCAUUGUUUCCUGAAAUAUGAACGUUCGAAAUUAUGCAAGUAUUUAAUAUUAGGUCUUUGCAAACUUAAAUGUACAUGAAAGACUGACCAUGGAAGGCAGGCGCUUAAAUUUUUCGUAUUCUUAAAUAGCCUAAUUUUUUUAUGUUUUUAAUGGGUUCAAACAGACUGAGUAGAUUAUUUCUCGGUUAGAGCAGGAUGAAUAUUCUUUAUUGAAGGAAAUAAUAUUGCUUUUUGCAAAUACACAUCACCGUAUCAACGCUACUAUUUUGUUACGUUUUGUUCCAAAAAUGUUGCAUGUCUCUGGGGAGUUGCUUAAUUGUUAUGUCUUAUGGAGUUGUAUGGUUUGAUUGUGUUUCAUAUAAUUCUCAGUUUACUCCAUGAACUUGCCAAGAUUAAGAAACGGCAAAAGAGUUUGGGUGUUCUUAACAAGAUUUCAGAACGUUGCAGAAGUUAGAAGAGCUUCACAAUUCCGUUGUGACAGCAUGCCCUAAUUCAGAACUACGAACGAUCCAAUGACGAUCCUUCGCGAUGCAGUGGUCUCAUGAAAUAAGGAAACGUAUUCGUGCUAGGAACACACGCGAAUUUCGGACGAAUGAAUCUUGCUUGUAUUUUGUAGAUAUAAUAAUACUUUGUUUCAUAAUAAACAAUUUGUCAAGUGUCAUUUAUUUACUGGUAAUAGUGCAUGUUUCAGUCGGGCAAAUCUUGAUUAAUAUUUGAUACGCCGAUUUUGCAUAUUUCAGACACAUCCAGAAAUAUCCUCCCGAAUUUAAAGAUUAAUAUCUCCGUGAAUUUUUAAGUGAAAUACAACUGUAAUAUAUCAAAGUCUAAGUUAGUCCUUCCUCUAUUUGAUGCAAGUUAUUUCUCUUUAAAAGCUAUACUUGUUUAGAUGUUAUUACGAAUCAAACAGGAGUACUUUUUUUUGGGCCACCCGGUAUGACGAGAGCGAAUGGUGAUGUUUUAUAAUAUAGUCUAUAUAGCCAUUAACUGAAGCAAUAAUUAAUUAUCCUCUGUUACAAUGUCUUGACAAUUUGUUCGGCCAAAAACCGCUUGGCCUUGAAAAUUUGAAAUACGUUUGUUUUACAACUCGAAGACGAAGUGAAAGAAAUGGUUUUAGAACCGGUAUAUCUCACAGAAAAGCUCAGAUAUAUAAUACAGAUGUUUGGUAUAUUAUAAUAAGUGCUUGUUGCCUGGAAAUUCGUUUGUCUUUCGUUGCAAACUUUUCUAAACAAUUUAUAUUCUCAAUGAACAUGUCUUUUUCGCUGUUGUUUCGGUAUUAAUUCUUUAAAAAAAUUGCAUUUAAACUAAUUUCUAUGUAAUAAAUAUAUUUUGCUAACCUAUCAAAUUUUUUUUUAGUGUUUUUCCUUGUACUAUAUCUUUCUCGAAGCGAAUAUUUUUCUUUUUUCUGCUUCGCAAAACUCAUGUAGUUUUUGGACCGCCAUCUUGUUUUUCGCUACUCGCCGUAUAUGGGCUGAUAUACGGCGAGUAAUUCAACCAAUCAGAUUGAAGAACAGCUCAUAUACAGUGAAUGACUAUAUUAUAAUAGCUCAUAUGCUGCUAGUAAAGAAAAACAAAAUGCGGCUCAAACUGAAUUUCCGACGUUUGCGAAUGAGAAAACGACAAUUUGUUCGCUUUUUACAGUCUUUUCAACAGAUCAAUUUGCAUGCAACCCAAGAAAAAUUGCUGUCUUUUUGUGGCCAUCAUUUUAAUUUUUCAAAAUUAAUUACUAAAAUGUAUGUACAGUACAACAUACUUUGUAAAAUGAAGUAUUUUGUUUAUACUAUAGUGAAAAACUCGUGUGCUAUUGAUAACGGUGGAUGUAGCGAUUUGUGUUUGUUGGCAGCUGGUGGUAAUCAUACCUGUGCAUGUCCAACUGGUAUUGUUCUCUUGGAUGAUGGUAAAACCUGUGAAGAUGGUAAGCAAUAAAUUGUACUGUGCUGAGUACAUUCCUUGUGUUACAUGUUGUACUAUAAGGUAUGACAUGUAAUUAGAGAGAGAUGUUUGUAACACCGCGGAAUAACGUCUACGCAUGCGCGUGUACUAGAAAAAAUGGCAAGGAAUUUAAAUGCAAAGUUGUAGUUAAAAACAUGGCUAUUUAACAAACAAAAAAUACACCAGACGUGUAGUUUAGACAUUAAUAAAAAGUUUUCUAACAUUUAAAAUCUAAAAAUUCCGCUUGUCAUGUAUUUUCACAGAAAAGGCAAAGCAUCGAAGUCCCAUUUCGGGUUUUUGACAACCUUUAGACUGUGAACAGUCCCUCCUUAGAAGGAAAGGAGGGACUGAAGACAACACAUUAAGAAACGAAAUACCCGUUGCGCACAAAACAAUUAACAAUUAUACCAUGAACUCGAGUCGUAUAUGAGCUGAUAGCGGACGAGGUGCGUAGCACCGAGUCGGCUAUCAGCCAUAUAUGACUAGAGCGAAUGGUGAUGUUUUAUAAUAUAGUCUAAUAGCCAUUAACUGAAGCAAUAAUUAAUUAUCCUCUGUUACAAUGUCUUGACAAUUUGUUCGGCCAAAAACCGCUUGGCCUUGAAAAUUUGAAAUACGUUUGUUUUACAACUCGAAGACGAAGUGAAAGAAAUGGUUUUAGAACUGGUAUAUCUCACAGAAAAGCUCAGAUAUAUUAUACAGAUGUUUGGUAUAUUAUAAUAAGUGCUUGUUGCCUGGAAAUUCGUUUGUCUUUCGUUGCAAACUUUUCUAAACAAUUUAUAUUCUCAAUGAACAUGUCUUUUUCGCUGUUGUUUCGGUAUUAAUUCUUUAAAAAAUUUGUAUUUAAACUAAUUUCUAUGUAAUAAAUGUAUUUUGCUAACCUAUCAAUUUUUUUUGAGAGUUUUUCCUUGUACUAUAUCUUUCUCGAAGCGAAUAUUUUUCUUUUUUCUGCUUCGCAAAACUCAUGUAGUUUUUGGACCGCCAUCUUGUUUUUCGCUACUCGCCGUAUAUGAGCUGAUAUACGGCGAGUAAUUCAACCAAUCAGAUUGAAGAACAGCUCAUAUACGGUGAAUGACUUGCGAACGAGAAAGCGACAAUUUGUUCGCUUUUUAUAGUCUGUACAACAGAUCAAUUUGCAUGCAACACAAGAAAAAAAUUGCUGUCUUUUUGUAGCCAUCAUUUUAAUUUUUCAAAUUUAAUUACUAAAAUGUAUGUACAGUACAACAUACUUUGUAAAAUGAAGUAUUUUGUUUAUACCAUAGUGAAAAACUCGUGUGCUAUUGAUAACGGUGGAUGUAGCGACUUUUGUUUGUUGGCAGCUGGUGGUAAUCAUACCUGUACAUGUCCAACUGGUAUUGUUCUCUUGGAUGAUGGUAAAACCUGUGAAGAUGGUAAGCAAUAAAUUGUACUGU